AGAAUCUGAUUAGUAUAUACAUUGGUCUAGUAUGAUUUCUAUCUGUUUCGGUAAAACUGUGUAGCAAGUUCCGCUCGUAGCAACCAUGGUGUCUGUUACGGCGUCCAACAGGGCCCGAGGUUCAUCGAAGCGUUCGGGUACCCAUCUAUCGCUAAGGGAGCGCUUAAUGGCGAACGGUACAUAUACAUCGUCUGGUGUAUCUCAGGGUGAUAAUCAAGGCACAGUGCCUUUAUUUUCCCCUAUAAAAGUGAUUGAUGACCCUGAGCCGUUUACUAAGCCUGUUAAAAAACCAUCGCAGCCUCGGCAACAAAAGGUUCCUGGUGCUCGUAAAGGCAGGCUAUCGCAAGUUAAGGCUAGUACUAAAUCUAAAGAUAGUACUGAGCGCUUCUCAUUUACUCGUGAUCCCAAAGAGGCUACCAGGAUUAAGGAUUCUUCCGAGUCACUCUUGUCUAGGUUGACAUCUGAUGCUAGUGAUUCCGCUGUUGUGCAAGUACUGGACACUUCAUCUAUGGAAGCCUCAUCUGACUCCCGUGUUGAAUUUGGUGAUGCCAGUUGCACUCCGCUCUUCAACCAUCCUAGUGGAGCUGGUUAUGGGAUUAUGCAUAUAGGCCCAUCAUCUCGGUUUGGUCCUAUGGUCAAUACUCGUGGUGUUAUGGUCCUUGUUGUAAUUGAGUCCGACGAUCGGAAGUUAUUUUAUGAUGGCUUUAACCUUGUGGGCAAGAGUCGAUUACACUGUCCCAGGCAGUCUCACAUUUUAGUUUUACCUGACGAUGUGUUCAUGUUAAUUAACGAGAGCUCUACUUCCGAGGCCCGGGUGCUUAUGGUUUCAUGUCGCAAAGAUAGCGCGGACUUCCAUAUUGAACAGCAUGUAAAGGGCGCAAUUUUAUCACCAUCUCGUUGAAUCUCGUUUUUCAAGUCCAGUCCUAUCGCAAACAGCGAUCGCUCUAAUUUUUGCAACAUAUCGGC